CCAUACAUACCCGCACUAAGCCGCCAUCCGGGAUCCACUGAAGAAUCACAAAUAGUUCCUUCCUGUACUCUAUCUAGGUACGCAGUAGGUUAGGUACCUACUUUCCAAACGACUAACAUUGAAGGCUCCAAAUCUCAACCUCGACACUACGCAAUUGAACAAAUCCACGGAAUAGCCUUAAUAAAAGAGUUAAUAUAAAUGUCUUCCCAACCGAAAAUAACCUCCAAAAACCUCUCCUACUCAACCGACCUCCCGCCCUUCCUAGCCAAGCUCCGCGGCCAGCAGGACCAGCAACGCAACUCCGACACCCCGGACCCGAUCCUCGCGGCGCGACGACGCGCAGCGCGCCCGCGGUCCGCGAGCGAGGAGGCCGAGGACGCGCCCCUCGUCGUCGACGAAGCCGGCAACGCGAUCGCUUUCCCGUCCGCGGAUGCGCCUGCCGAGGCCUCGGACGGAGGAGCUGUAGACGGCGCCGGUGCGGGCGAUCAAGAAAAAAACGAGAAGGAUGGGCAGAAGGAGAGGGAGAAGGUAGCAGCCAUCGGCGCGCCCAAGAAGCGCAAGGUCGGACGCGUGGUCGGCGGAGACGAGGAAGACGAGCCCGCACUCCGUAAAGAGAACUCAUCAUCGGAAAAGAACAAGAGCAGGAAGGAACCUGAACAUACCGCCGACCACGAUUCAAAGGACGCGAAGUCCGGCUCGAAGCAAAAGAAGAAGGCGAAGAAGAUUAAGCUUAGCUUCGGCGACGACGGGGAUUGAACGAGCGAGAGAACGCUGAGAGUGAAAUCGUGAUCUUGGAAGAGGGUUCAUAGGUCACGGUACGAAGAACGUGUAUACUCGCUAGUGCUACGAGGCGAUGUGAGGCGAUAUCCAUAUGGACAACAUCACCUAGGACCUAGCAUAGGUGACUUAGGUGUGCUUGCUCGGAAAAGCGCCACCAUACAGCCCGUUUCUCACCUAGAUGGCACGCAGCAACGCGCUACAACUCGCAAUUGGACUCGAGGCUGUCCAUACCUACCUAGCUAUCUACACGCAGGUGGCUGAGAAAAGCGCGGCUUUUGACAUGAUGGGACAAUCCCGCAUUCCUCACAAAGGUAGACAUGACAUGAAAUCCUGUCUAAGACAGAAAAACACUUAAACAUAGUGUGUUCCACGUCAUCAACAAUCUCGAUAUAGAGAUCGCGGGGCUUUGGUGGCUGGUCUCAUAGUCGAGUUGGAAAUGGGUUCUACAAGCGUCGCUAGACGGAUAUUCCCAUUCGGUAGCUAGCAACGUGAAAACGAAAUAAUCAAACAUGAUUAUGGCCUUCAACAAGCACAAUUAAAAACUAUCUUCAU